CAAUGACCCUCUUUUGUUGUUUCUUCUUUCACACAAAGCAUCAAUCACCCACCAUUCACAAUCAUCAAGACAUGACAAUUUGCGUUCUUACCUCUAUUUUUCUCCCAAUUCAAACCGCUACUCACAUGCUUUUCCUUCUCAUCAAAUGUGUUGUUCAUCAUACUAUUUCUUGUUGGCCCUCCAAACCCUUGUGAUCCAAGAUUCACUUUUUCCUCUAAUAUAUAUAUACACACACACUUAACCUCAUCCCCAAUAACUAUCUCUUUCUCAGCUACCCAACGUGUUUUGUUUUCUUCAGCUUAGUGCCACUUUGGAAUGAAAAGAGCAGCGAUCUACAGCUGUGUACCCCAAAUGCAGGAUCAUUGGCCUAUCAAAAAGGCUCUGACAUUGUCUGAUGUAGAUAUCACUCAUCCAUUCCUCACUUUGUCUCGGCAACAAGUGGAGAACCACAUUGUGUUGCAUAUGACAACAGAACAACAGGAGCAUUUGAGAGCCCAAGGCCAAGUAGAUUUUAAUGCCCGAGAUGAUGAUACAGGUGAGAUGUAUGUGAUGAAGUUGAAAUGGCGGGGAAGCUAUUACAAUCUGAUUGGUAAGUGGGGCAGAGUUGUACGAGGGAAAGGACUUGAUGUAGGGCAAGAGAUUAAAAUACGUUGGGAAAAUGGGUGCUUGCACUUCUCGGUCCCACAGCAGCAGAUUGUUGCUGUCCCACCAAUUCGGAUGGUUGCAGCACCAGUAGUGCAGGACCAUUGGCCCAUUAAGAAGAUCUUGACACUCUCUGAUGUGGACACCAAUCAUCCAUUUCUCCCUCUGCCGCGUCGAUUAGUUGAGGAUCAUAUCCUUGUGCAUUGGACACCUCAGCAACAAGAACAGCUGAGGAAGGAGGAGCAUGUGAAUGUAAAUUCCCGAGAUUAUGAUACUGGCGAAGGUUAUAUAAUGAAAUUUAAGUGGAGGGGGAAUUACUAUAACCUUAUUGGGAAAUGGGGAGCAAUAAUUCGGCAGAAGGGACUUGGUGUUGGGAAAGAGAUCAGAUUGCGCUGGGCAAAUGAAUGCUUGUUCUUCUCAGUUCCCCAGGAGCGGUAUGUUGCCACAGCCUCGGCGAUGGAUAACUGGCCUAUUAAGAAGGCACUUACAUUGUCUGAUGUGGAUACCAAUCAUCCAUUUCUUACUUUGCCCGGUAAGGCUGUUGAAGAUCAUAUUCUUUUUUACUGGUCACAGCAAGCCAGAGAACAACUGAGAAAUGAACAUCAGAUGAAUAUUAAUGCUCGAGAUGAUGACACUGGUGAUACCUAUUUGAUGAAGUUGAGAUGGCGGGGGAGUUACUAUAAUCUCAUUGGAAAAUGGGGAAAAAUCAUUAGAGGGAAGAAACUUCAGGUUGGAAUGGAGAUCAGACUACACUGGGAUAAUGGAUGCUUAUUCUUCUCAGUUCCUCAGUUAUAGCAAUGGCCAACUUGUAAAUGUAGGUGAACC